AGUAUAGUAGUAUUUAAAUAAUAUUCCAGUUUUUUAACUUCAAGUAAAGUUGGGAAGUAAGCUUCGGGGUAAAAACAAUAAGUUUUACCCCGUUUCUCGAAAAUCGCGUAGUUAUCAGAUUUGGACGUUUUAAGGUCCUAGGAAGCUCCCUGACUAUUCCCAAGACGGUGUGCAUACGUCUGUAUACAUGUUUGUGUGUGUGUGUAUGUUGGUUCGUUCGUGAGUUGUAAUUGACGCAAGAAAACGGAAAAAUGUGUUUUUUCGGAAUUACUUCGAAAUUCCAAGUUCGAUCAAUUGAAACUCAAAGAUUCUCAUAGAAGGAGGCUCAAAAAAACGCGUGAAAAUCAGUUUAUUUAUUCGAAAGUUAUUGCUGUUUGAAAAUUAACAGAAUAUGUAUUUAUUAAACUUUUAUCAGACAUAAUUUUUUUAAAUUACUCUGAAAUUCAAUAUCUGAUCAAAUGAAUGUUCUCAGUUCUUUUAUAAAGAUUUCAAAAACAUAGAAUACAAUUUGAAGCGUUUAGGUAGGUAUGGAAUAUGCGGGAAGUUGCAGGGAAGGCUUUUAGGGUCAAUCAUUUUCCUAAUUUUUAUGUUUAUUGUUUGUCUCUUUCUUAUAAUAUUUAAGUCUUUUGUAUUUAAGUGCACUAUACGAUUCAAAGAAACAUGCAUUAUUAUUUUCGGGUUUCCAGAAUCCUAACGCACAACAAUGUCUUAACCAUCUCGCCUUAUAAUCAUAAAAACUAUUAGCUUUUAUGAUUUGGCUGCCUUUUUAACUUAACUGGUCGCAGGUGACGAUAAUAGGCAGUGAGUUGACGCCAAAUACGACAGGCGAUGGCAGCGGGGGUCUGUGGCUGCCGUAUUUAAGUAGCAAUACUCCACCCCAUCUUAUCAGCAAAUGGGGCAUGGAAUCGUUCAGAAAACUCCACGAGUACUGGGUGCAAGGUGGAUACGACGUGUGCCUGAUGCCGGUCUAUGAGCUGUACCGACCUGGCAGUGCCGGUACCAUACCAAUGGGGUGGCACAACGAUGUGUAUGGUUUCCGAACCCUGGACAAACGUCACCUGGAUUAUGUGAACGACUUAUAUUCGGCGAACUAUAUCUCUGGUACAAUAUUCACCACAUUCAAAGUGGUGACCAAUACGCUACUGCGUCGUUACAUGGAGCGGCUACGAGAAUUGAAUGUGCCCAUUAUUCGCGACUCCGUGACGUCACUGCUAGACCCACAAUAUGACGGAUACGAUGUGGUCGUCAACUGUUUAGGGCUGGGCGCAAGGGACGUCGUGCCAGAUGAAAGAGUGAGGCCAGUUCGGGGGCAGAUAGCGAAGGUGCACGCUCCGUGGAUCAAUUACACAAUACAGGACAAGAGCACUGGCCACUACAUCAUACCCAAUGACGUGGAGUGCAUACUAGGAGGCACUGGACAAAUUGACAACUUCAACACACAGGUUGAUGAAAAAGACUCCGACUUUAUUUUAAGUGGAUGCGAAAAAAUAUUUCCAUCAUUAAAAAAUGCAACGCUCGUGUCGCAGUGGGCCGGACUACGACCCGGUCGAGACCAGGUGAGGCUGGAGGCGGAGAUCAUCAACAACAAGCUGUACAUACACAACUAUGGACAUGGUGGGAGCGGCUUCACCCUGUUCUGGGGCUGUGCCGGCGACGUCGUCGACUUGUACGAGAAACACACGAAACGAAACACAAGCAAACUUUGAUAUUUUUUAUUUAUUAUAUAGAUAACAAAUAUAAAUCAUUUAUUCAUAAUCUACGUUAUUAUCUUUGGUUACAUUAACCAAAUAACAAUUUUACAUUAAGAGCGCGCGCAGACAGAGAGCGGUCAGGAGUUCCGAGUCCCGCGUUCGGCGUUCAUUAUGCGGGCGCCAGACUUAGCUUCACAUGUUUGAACACAUGUUUGAUUGCUAAGUUUGGCACGGGACUUUGGUUAUGUGUUCAAAGUUUGAACAAAGAUUUGCACUUUGCCAUGCGGUGUCGGUCUUUUUCGACACAUCAAAGCGUUCAAAGUUGAAUAUGUUCAAGUUUGCGUAGCUUGCCACACUUGUUCAGUGUUCAGUUGCUCGAGCGAUGUUGAGCGGAACGGUUGUGUGCGUGCUACACUGCUUGAGGCUAUAUAAUGGGCUGGAGCAGCGAGUGCAUUCUAGAAUUUGUAGAGCUAUUACAGCGGGAACCAUAUAUAUGGAACCCGAAAAACAACAAACACAAAAAUAGAACCUUAGUAAAUGACGCGUGGGUGAGAAUAAAGAACAAAUAUUCUGUGCCCUGUUCUGUUGAAGAAUUAAAAAAGAAAAGAAAUAAUUUGCUGACACAAUAUAGAGAACAUUUAAAGAAAAUCAAGGAAUCGACUAAAACAGUAUUAUUGUUUUCUUGCACAUGUAAAAAAUAAUUACAUGCACACAAAUAAUACAGGCAUACUGAGUCUACGAAAUCGUCGUCCAUCUUGUUUGUUGUCUACCAGCAUACUGUGGAGAAAAAUGUUUGCGAAGCAAGUCGGGCAGGUUACGUCAAUAUGUGUUCAAAUGCUUUGCAAAGUCGUCAAAGAGAUGUGGAAAUCUUUGAAGCUAUGUCUAGCGCCCGCAUUAGAAUAUACUGAGUCUAUAACAACAACGCAUACAGCGGGCAGUCUGACCGCGGCGGUCAAAGCAGAACGUCGCGUUCCAACAGUUCUUUUCCCACCAAGACAGAGAAUGCCGGAACGUCGCGAUAUCUGAGUUUGGAAUAACGGAAAAGUUAAUUGAAUUGGUUAGGGAAAGGAGUUUAUUAAUCAACAUUCGAAAAUAAAUAUAGAAUCGUUGUUCAUCUUUAAGUAAAUCCGGAAAAAUAUUACUGAAUUCGCCUUAUUCUUCUCGCGUUGUGUUAAUUGGGUGCACCCAAUACUUCCUUUUCUUCUUAGAAGCUGCUGAGCUCCACAAGAUCAAUAAUUCUUCAUCGGUUGACGAACUUUCUAGUGACAUGUUGCAUGUGCAAAGACCCAAACGAAACUAGAACGCGAGAAUUUGCACGCCACUUGUGUGCGUUGGAACUUUUGGGCGGUCAACGGUCACUAGAAUGCAGAACUCUGACCGCUCUCUGUCUGCGCGGGCUCUAAUGUUACAGUAAAUAUAAAAAAUAUACAAUUAUUAUUUCAAUAUUAUAAAUGUUUUAUUUAUAUAUAAUAUAUGUAUCAAUAAAACAAAACAUACAGUU